CGGCGGCGGAGGCGGAGCAGGGAGCCUGCAGCCGGCGGGCCGCGCUCCUCCUGCCAGCCGGCCCGGGAUUUUCCAGGCUGGGCGCUGACGUCGCGGAGCUCCCCGCGGUGGCUCUCCGCCGCGGACCAUGGGCGACAAAGGGACCCGGAAUUGACUUCGGCUGGUUAUUUUAUGAAAAUGGAACCAGACAGUAUAUGGAAGGCCAGAGUGUUCAAGAAGGCCAGUCCCAAUGGAAAGCUCACCGUCUACCUGGGGAAGCGGGACUUUGUGGACCACAUCAACCUCGUGGACCCUGUGGAUGGUGUGGUGCUGGUGGAUCCCGAGUAUCUGAAGGAGAGGAGAGUCUAUGUGACGCUGACCUGUGCCUUCCGCUAUGGCCGGGAGGACCUGGACGUCCUGGGCCUGACCUUUCGCAAGGACCUGUUUGUGGCCAACGUACAGUCCUUCCCGCCGGCCCCUGAGGACAGGAAGCCCCUGACGCGGUUGCAGGAGCGGCUCAUCAAGAAACUGGGCGAGCAUGCCUACCCCUUCACCUUUGAGAUCCCCCCAAACCUCCCAUGUUCUGUGACACUGCAGCCGGGGCCUGAGGACACAGGGAAGGCCUGUGGCGUGGACUAUGAAGUCAAAGCUUUCUGUGCGGAGAACCUGGACGAGAAGAUUCACAAGCGGGGCUUAUUGGGUGACAGACACUGUUCGAAGUGCUGGACAUGUGUGAGCUUAUUUAAUCCUUACAGCAAGCCUGAAAGGAACUCGGUGCGUCUGGUCAUCAGAAAAGUUCAGUAUGCACCAGAGAGGCCUGGCCCACAGCCCACAGCUGAGACCACCAGGCAGUUCCUCAUGUCCGACAAGCCCCUGCACCUAGAGGCGUCUCUAGACAAGGAGAUCUACUACCACGGGGAGCCCAUCUGUGUCAAUGUGCAUGUCACUAACAACACCAACAAGACUGUGAGGAAGAUGAAGAUCUCGGUGCGCCAGCAUGCAGACAUCUGCCUCUUCAAUACUGCCCAGUACAAGUGCCCCGUGGCCCUGGAGGAAGCUGAUGACACCGUGGCUCCCAGCUCGACGUUCUGCAAAGUCUACACACUCACCCCCUUCCUGGCCAACAACCGUGAGAAGCGUGGCCUUGCCUUGGACGGGAAGCUCAAGCAUGAGGACACAAACCUGGCUUCCAGCACCCUGUUGCGAGAAGGUGCCAACCGGGAGAUCCUGGGCAUCAUCGUCUCCUACAAAGUGAAAGUGAAGCUGGUGGUAUCCCGGGGCGGCCUGUUGGGAGAUCUGGCAUCCAGCGAUGUGGCUGUUGAAUUGCCCUUCACCUUAAUGCACCCCAAGCCCAAAGAAGAACCCCCACAUCGGGAAGUUCCAGAAAAUGAGGCGCCAGUAGAUACCAAUCUCAUAGAACUCGACACAAAUGAUGAUGACAUAGUGUUUGAGGACUUUGCCCGCCAGAGACUGAAAGGCAUGAAGGACGACAAGGAGGAGGACGACGAUGGCGCCGGCUCUCCGCAGCUCAACCACAGAUAGGCUGGGCCACCUCCUGGGACAGCUCCGAAAGCCUCUGCACUCGGAUGCUUCAUCUCCUCCCCCUUCCUUCCAGUGUCCCUGCCCCUUUGUUCUUCCAGUCUCUACCAGGGCCCCAGUGGUCUUCCAGGUUACAGUGGUGAACCUCUUGCCUCAGGAUUGGCCCCAUGUCACCAUGCUAAUGGGGUCAUGGCAGUGCAUCACUCCUCCUGCUACACUCAGCUCUCUAGCCCCCUCUCUCCCUGCCAACCCCCAGAAAGGCCACUGUGGUGCAGGCCUUGGAAUUUGAUUUUGGAAGGGGAGCCAAUGGGGGUGGGGGUAGGGGAGAGAAAAGGGAGCAUGAAGGAUUGGUGGUUCAGUAGCGGGUGCCCACCUGUCUUUGUUCCUAAUUUGGGGCUGCCUUGGCCAGAAAUGGCAGAGCUGGGGAAGGGCAUCUCUAUGUCCUGCAGUACAGACUCACUGUCUGCCUCUCCUUUCCCACUCCCAUCUCUGCCCCAUUCCCUCCAUGUCUGCCAGUGACAUUGGUGAAGGUUCAUAGACAUCAGGCAUGGAGAAAUGCAACUGGCCUGCCUUGCUUCCUGGCAGUUAGCAGUGUAAGGAGAGGGUGAGACUGAGCACAAAAUCUAUUUCAGAACUGUCA